GGAGCAGUGGGACCAGGGGCAAGGGGUGAGGGGAGAAGGGCAUGGGUAUCCUGAAGUUCCCUGCCAGAGAGAGCAAGGUUUGUGUGAGAGGCACGACCAGGAAGGAGGGCCUGGCUAAAGGGGCAAAGCCUAAAAUGUCCAAUUUCCUUUCCUGGCAUAAAGCCAGUUUCUUGCUGGAAGUGGAUGAGGGGAAGGGUUGGGGGAGAAGAGAGGCUGGCACCCUAUUAGCAGAAAAGUGCCCCUUCUCCACUCCCCCUCUACUUCCUGUCCCCUUUCCUCCACUGCUGGGAUAGCCCCUGCCCUCCUUCAACCCAGGGCUCAGCCCCCUAGGAAAGCAUAGACUGGGGUUUUGAGAAACUGCCUUCCACACCUGUCUGCCCACCACCCCUAUCUGUUCCCCUAGAAGGGGCCCCAGGGGAUCCUCUCGGGCAGUGUGGGGAACAGUCCAAUACAUCAGGAGUUGUCAUUUGCUCCAGAGAUGGCAGUAUGUAGAAAUGGGGGUCCCACUGGGGUGUUGGGGUGCCACCCAGGUAAGGUGUCUUGGUUGUAAACAGUCAUUACAGCCAGGAAUUUCUUUCUCCGCUGUGGUGUCAGAAGGGCAGACCUGAAAAACCUGCUGGGCCCGCCGCCUUUGGGUGUGUGUGUGGGGGCCCUUUGCAGCUCUUUCACUGCAGUCCAUCCUCAGAGAGGACAGGGACACAGGGUCACCAGUGGGGAGACCCAGGGGCUGGUUAGGAGUGUGUUGGGGAGGGAACUGCUGGGAUCCCCUCUUUCUCACCACCCUUGGGUGGGAACCAGGCUGCCCCAGGCCAGUGUGUAGAGGGUAGGCGAGUGGAGGCAGAGGCUUGGGAGCGGGUGUGAGAGUGUGGGGGUGUGGGGCGUUGACCUGUGUCUAACCUGCCUGAUGACCCCAUGACUCAGGCCCUAGCUAUGUCCCUGAAGUCAGGCUGACAGGGUGUGGAGUCGGGGUUCCUGUCUGGACCCCGUGUGGACUUCCAGGAUGCCACAAGCUCUACAAGCUCCCAGGGAAGGAAGGCAGAGGGAGAUGGAAGGAAGAUGAAGCAGCCCAGUAUGGGAUGUAGGAGUGAUCCUGGUGAACGGGCCCACUGGGGAGGAGUUGAAGCUCCUGUUGGGGUUAAGGAAGGUUUAGGGGAGCCCUCCUCAAACCCAAAUGGGAGCUGGGGAAGAAGGAACCCCUGGAGCCAAGGAGCAGAGGAAUCGAAGCUGGGACCUCAAGGAGAGCCUGUCAUGCCAGAUAGUGUCAGACCUUGGAAGGUGGCUGUUGCCUGGAGGUGCAAAAUAGCUUUAGGGACUGACCCCACCCCUGAUUUUGAGGAUGAGGAACCCCUGCUUUGUUGGAGGAGCAUAGUCCCCAAGAGGUGGGUGAGAGGCCCGCUGAGAAACUGCUGGCACCUUAUUAGCAGCUUGGCCAUGUACUCCAAGAUACACAUGGGGAAGGGGCUUGAACCCACCCCACCAAGGCUGCCUGGGUCUUCUCCACACCCGGCCACCACGUAACGACAAGCUGGGGACGGCGGAGGCAGGUAGAGAUGGAACCUCCGUAGCCUCAGGAGGUCCUCCCAGUUGCCUGCUGCCGAGGUCAGACCAGGUGGUGGGAGGUGAUGUCACCUAGCUGCCCAGCUGGGGACUGAGCAGGCUGUGGGAGGGAGGGAGCAAACUCCAGAGGAAGGGAUGAGGGCAGGCCUGGCAACCAGCCAAGGCCAGCUCCGUGGUCAGCCAGGGUGUCUGGGGCAGAGAAGGAGGCAGUCGCUUGUUAUCUGCAGCUGUGGACUUUGCCACUCCCAGUCCUGGCAGGGUGACUUCCCUAUGCCUGUGCGGGACAGGCUGGCAUGCUGGGUGGGGCUGGAUGGGUCCUGAGGCCAAGCGAACGCUUUUGCUGCUGCACCAGGGCCACAGGAUGGAGUUGGGACAAGGAGCAACUCACAGACCUUGCAGUCAUUCAUUUAUUCACCCAGCAGACACUCCCUGAGCACUUGCCGUGUACCCGGAAGUAUUCUGAAUGCCAGAGAUACUGAUACAUUUUCUGUUCUCAUAAAGGCAAGACUCCUGACCGUGGCCCAUGGGCCUCUGAGGUGUUGUAAGUCCGCCCAGCUCCCCACUUGCUGUGCUCCCACUCAAUGGGAAGGGAACCAAGGUACCCGGGCCUUGACAUUGGCACAGAAUCUGAGAGGGCCUUGUCCAGCCAUCAGUCACGGCAUCCUGACAGCUUCAGGAUGGAAGUCAAAGGUCAGCUGAUCAGCUCUCCCACCUUCAACGCCUCAGCUGCCCUGUUUGGAGAGGCUGCCCCCCAGAUGAAGUCAGAGCGUCUACGGAGUCUGCUCGACCGGCAGCGGGCCCUGCAGGAGGCCCUGAGCCUGAAACUUCAGGAGCUGCGGAAAGUGUGUCUUCAGGAGGCGGAGCUGACUGGCCAGUUGCCCCCCGAGUGCCCACUGGAGCCUGGUGAACGACCCCAGUUGGUCCGCCGGCGCCCCCCUGCAGCCCGCGCCUACCCUCCACCGCACCCCAACCCAGCACACCACUCCCUGUGCCCCGCCGAGGAGCUGGCGCUUGAGGCCCUGGAGCGGGAGGUGUCUGUGCAGCAGCAGAUCGCCGCAGCUGCCCGCCGCCUGGCCUUGGCUCCCGAGCUCAGUGCCGAGCAGCGCCGGCGCCGGCGCCAAGUCCAGGCAGAUGCCCUUCGGAGGUUGCACGAGCUGGAGGAGCAGCUUGGGGAGGUUCGGGCCCGCCUUGGCCUCUCGGGGCUCCCGCCAUCCCAGCCCCUGCCCCUGUCCACCGGAGGAGCCGUUGUCACCACCCAGGGAGUCUGCCUGGGCACGCGCCUCGCUCAGCUCAGCCAUGAGGACGUAGUUCUGCACUCGGAGAGCAGCUCCCUCUCAGAGUCUGGGGCCAGCCACGAUAAUGAGGAGCCCCGUGGCUGCUUCCCUCUGGCUGAGCGCCCCUCACCACCCAAGGCCUGGGACCAACUGCGGGCAGUCUCUGGGGGCAGCCCUGAGCGGCGAACCCCAUGGAAACCACCCCCAUCAGAUCUUUAUGGGGAUCUGAAGGGCCGGCGAAACUCCGUGGCCAGCCCCACCAGCCCUACACGCUCCCUGCCCAGGAGUGCCUCCAGUUUUGAGGGGCGAAGUGUGCCUGCUACUCCCGUCCUCACCCGGGGCGCUGGCCCCCAGCUCUGCAAACCCGAAGGCCUCCAUUCUCGCCAGUGGUCCAGCAGCCAGGACUCCCAGAUGGGCUUCCCACGGGUGGACCCUGUCUCCGACCGCACCUCCCUCUUCGCAGCUCGCACCCGCCGCAGCAAUAGCUCCGAGGCCCUGCUGGUGGACCGGGCAGCGGGUGGGGGAGCUGGCUCCCCGCCGGCACCUCUGGUUCCCCCUGCCACCGGUCCCCCAGUCUGCAAGAGCAGUGAGGUGCUAUAUGAGCGCCCCCAGCCAAUCCCCGCCUUCUCCUCCCGCACUGCUGGCCUCCCAGACCCUCCCCGCGCUGCCCGGCCCAGCUCAGCCGCGCCGGCCUCCCGCGGGGCCCCCCGGCUCCCACCCGUGUGUGGGGACUUCCUCUUGGACUAUUCCCUGGACCGAGGCCUGCCUCGCGGGGGCGGCGGAACAGGCUGGGGGGAGCUGCUGCCCACAGCUGAGGUUCCAGGACCCCUCUCCCGCCGGGAUGGGCUCGUCACCAUGCUCCCAGGCCCACCGCCUGUGUAUGCAGCUGACGGCAACAGCCCCCUCCUCCGCAGCAAGGACCCCCAUAGCCGUGCCCCCCGCACCAAGCCCUGUGGUCUGCCCCCGGAGGCCGCCGAGGGCCUGGAGGCGCAUCCCAACCCUCUGCUGUGGAUGCCCCCACCCGCCCGUAUCCCCCCAGCCGGUGAGCGCAGCGGCCACAAGAACCUUGCCCUGGAGGGGCUGCGGGACUGGUACAUCCGGAACUCGGGACUGGCCUCGGGGCCCCAGCGCCGGCCUGGGCUCCCCCACAUGGGCCCGCAGCACCCGCCCUUCCUCCAUGCCCGCUGCUAUGAGGUGGGCCAGGCACUGUACGGGGCCCCCAGCCAGGCGCCGCUCCCGCACUCGAGGAGUUUCACGGCGCCCCCUGUCUCCGGCAGAUACUACGCGGACUUCCUGUACCCCCCGGAGCUGAGCGCUCGUUUAAGUGACCUGACGCUAGAGGGGGAGCAGUCAUCCGCUUCUGACCCCCAGACCCCAGGAACACUGGUCUGACCCCUUCUGACAUGCCCCUUAUUGGCCUGGGCAAGACUCCAGUUUGGGGAGCGCACAGCUGACCUCGCUGAGCCCUGGGAUAGGGUUGCUGUCACUCCUGGAGGUGGGCACCAACCUGAUCUUCCAAGGCCCCCGGCUCCCCGUGGGCCCAUAACGGUUGUCUGACACCCUGUAUCUCCUUUCAUGCUGUGCUGGGGACUGGGGGCCCUCCGCCAGCUUAAAAGAGAGGAGGUGAUGUAAUGGAGACUCCAAGCCCCUUCCUCCAUUUCUGUUUACAGUUGUGAUUUAGGUAUUCACUGUCUUCCCCCAACACUAGACAUUUUAUAAAAAGGGAAACUGUGAUCUCAUCCUGGUUGGGUUCAUUCCUGUCCCUGUGCCCAGCCUGCUCCAUUCAGGAACCCCCUCCACAAAAUGGACCAGAUAGGGUCUUGAGGCCCAAUUUAGGGCAGUCAGGAGACUGAUGUGAACAGAACUCCCUGCCACCCACCCACUGGGACAAUUUUUUCUUGGCAGAGGUGCCCACAUUUGGAAGGAAUGAAGUCUCUGCCCACAUGUGGAAGGACUGAAGUCUGGGUGGGAGGCUUGGGUUCAUUUUCCCUUCCCCAGGGGUGCCUGCAAGUGCCCCAGACCCUGUCUGUCUGUGCCCGCUGCCUCUGCCCACAGAAUCAGAUGGCUCAGCCUUUGGUGGCAGCCUCUGCCCUCUUCCCAAUUGGGAAGCCCCACAGGAGGACCAAAGGGCAGAGCCAUUGGGUGUUGUGUGUCCUAGAAUGCUGUGGUGGUGGAACCUAGCAUCUAGUAGAUGCCAAUGAAAUCCUCAAGUGACGUCUUGCCACUGGCUCCAUCACAUCUUCCCUGGCUUUCCUUCCAUCCACCACUUUUUAAAAAAUCCACACAAGCUGUGUUUUCUAUGAUACCUUUCUGUGACUUUCUGAAGCUGGGGGUUCCUCUACCCCUUUAGCUGGUGUGAAAACUUUUCUUUUUGUACCAAUGGAUCUGGACCCAAAACACUACCCACAUUGGAAGGGGAUUUCUAUAAUAAAUGUGUAAACUGAACCCA